AAAAGAGUUUAGGAGAAAGAAGAAAAGAGCUUUCUUCAUUAACUUUUCAGUCUUCAUUAAUAACGGACCGGUUUUAAAAUUUCGAAAAAAUUAUGGGAAGUGCCGGGUUAGUUCGGUGGUACCUUGCUUGUCUGAGUGGUACUUUAUUGCUUAUCGAUGCGGUAAUCGGAGGGCCGGUACCCGAAAGAGAUGAGAGAAAUAUGAUGGUAGUUCCGAUGGGUUCCAUAAUGCCAACGUCUACCAGGUUCAUCCAAGUUCCUGUCGCCGCCGUCAACCCACCACCACAAUUCUUCUACAACCAGUACAACCCACCCAGUUUCAAGCAACAACCCCAAAUCCAGCAACCCUUUGUCAGAGGCCCGUUUCAGUUUCUAGGAAACUGGAUCCAACAAACUCCUUGGCUCCCAGUGGAAGUCAACGUUCCAGACGUUUUCCAGAACAUCGGCAACGGCAUCAACCAAGCCACAAGUAACGUGCAACAAUUCACCCAAAAUGUUGGAAAUGGCGUGUCUCAGUUUACUCAGAAUGUUGGUAGUGGCGUGUCGCAGUUUACCCAGAAUGUUGGUAACGGUUUCCAGCAAUGGAUGCAGCAAUUGGGGCAACGAGUGCCAUUUAUUGGUAAUAUUGUAACGACUAUUGGGGGUACUAGAGUGCCUGCGGUCCCAUCUAGUGAGCAAGUGCUUGUAAUGGUUCCAGUUAACUAUCCCGGAGGACAGCAACUUGUUUUGGAAGAAGCCUUAGAGGCUUUUCCAUGA